AGCGCAUGCGCCUGAAGCUUAGAGCUUGGUGAACAGGCAGCUGCAACAGAACAGGGAGACAGUAGCCACAUUACAUUGUACAUAAAACCAGAUAUUAAGCUGUGUGGAUGGGAUGGAAGCUGGACCUUCUUCUGCAGCCCCGAGUGGCUAUGUUCCACCCCUGCAGCAAGUGUUCCAAGCCCCACGAAGGCCAGGAAUUGGUACUGUGGGGAAACCUAUUAAAUUACUUGCCAAUUACUUUGAGGUAGACAUUCCCAAGAUUGACGUCUAUCACUAUGAGGUGGAUAUCAAACCAGAUAAAUGUCCUCGCCGUGUAAACAGGGAAGUUGUUGAGUACAUGGUACAGCACUUUAAACCACAAAUUUUUGGAGACAGAAAGCCAGUGUAUGAUGGAAAGAAGAAUAUUUACACUGUCACAGCACUUCCUAUUGGCCAUGAACGGGUUGAUUUUGAGGUGACUAUCCCCGGAGAAGGGAAGGAUAGAAUUUUUAAGGUAUCUAUAAAGUGGGUGGCAGUGGUGAGUUGGAGGAUGCUUCAUGAGGCACUUGGGAGUGGACGGAUUCAGCUACCCCUGGAGUCUGUGCAAGCUUUGGAUGUAGCAAUGAGGCACUUGGCAUCAAUGAGGUAUACCCCUGUUGGACGAUCUUUCUUCUCUCCACCUGAGGGCUACUAUCACCCUCUUGGGGGUGGGCGGGAGGUUUGGUUUGGUUUCCAUCAGUCUGUGCGUCCAGCCAUGUGGAACAUGAUGCUCAAUAUUGAUGUGUCAGCAACUGCCUUCUACAAAGCCCAGCCUGUCAUAGAGUUCAUGUGUGAAGUACUGGAUAUACGAAACAUUGAUGAACAGCCAAAACCUCUCACAGAUUCUCAGAGAGUUCGCUUCACAAAGGAGAUCAAAGGCUUAAAAGUAGAAGUUACCCACUGUGGGCAGAUGAAGAGAAAAUACAGGGUAUGCAAUGUUACCCGGAGGCCGGCUAGUCAUCAGACGUUCCCCUUACAGUUGGAGAGUGGUCAGACUGUUGAAUGCACAGUAGCACAGUAUUUUAAACAGAAAUAUAACCUACAGCUAAAGUAUCCCCACCUUCCCUGUCUCCAGGUGGGCCAAGAGCAGAAACACACAUACCUACCUCUGGAGGUUUGCAACAUUGUAGCUGGCCAGCGAUGUAUUAAGAAGCUGACAGACAAUCAGACCUCCACUAUGAUCAAAGCUACAGCUCGAUCUGCUCCAGACAGACAAGAGGAGAUCAGCAGGCUGAUGAAGAAUGCCAGUUACAAUUUGGAUCCAUACAUUCAGGAAUUUGGGAUCAAAGUCAAAGAUGACAUGACAGAGGUCACUGGGCGAGUCCUCCCAGCACCCAUUCUUCAGUACGGAGGGAGAAACAGAGCAAUUGCAACUCCAAACCAAGGUGUCUGGGACAUGCGAGGAAAGCAGUUCUACAAUGGCAUUGAGAUAAAAGUCUGGGCAAUUGCAUGUUUCGCUCCACAGAAGCAAUGCAGGGAAGAAGUGCUGAAAAAUUUUACCGACCAACUCCGCAAAAUCUCAAAAGAUGCAGGAAUGCCAAUCCAGGGUCAGCCAUGCUUCUGUAAAUAUGCACAGGGGGCAGACAGUGUGGAGCCCAUGUUCCGGCACUUGAAAAACACAUAUUCUGGCCUUCAGCUCAUCAUUGUUAUUCUGCCAGGGAAAACACCUGUAUAUGCGGAAGUGAAACGUGUUGGGGAUACAUUGCUUGGGAUGGCCACUCAGUGUGUGCAGGUGAAAAAUGUAGUUAAGACUUCUCCUCAGACGCUCAGCAACCUCUGCCUGAAGAUCAAUGUCAAGCUGGGUGGUAUCAACAACAUUUUAGUACCUCAUCAACGGUCUGCGGUCUUCCAGCAGCCAGUUAUAUUUCUUGGAGCAGAUGUUACACACCCACCUGCUGGUGAUGGCAAGAAGCCCUCUAUUACUGCGGUUGUUGGUAGCAUGGAUGCCCACCCAAGCCGGUACUGUGCCACUGUGAGAGUUCAGCGACCUCGACAGGAGAUCAUUGAGGACCUGUCUUAUAUGGUGAGGGAAUUACUUAUCCAGUUUUAUAAGUCCACCCGCUUCAAACCAACUCGAAUAAUUUUCUAUCGUGAUGGGGUUCCUGAAGGACAACUGCCCCAGAUCUUGCAUUAUGAGUUGCUGGCAAUUCGGGAUGCCUGUAUUAAAUUGGAGAAGGACUAUCAGCCUGGAAUCACGUAUAUAGUUGUGCAGAAACGUCACCACACGCGGCUGUUUUGCGCUGACCGCAGUGAGCGGAUUGGAAAAAGUGGAAACAUUCCAGCAGGAACAACUGUUGACACCAACAUCACACACCCUUUUGAAUUUGACUUUUACUUGUGCAGCCAUGCUGGUAUCCAGGGAACAAGCCGCCCCUCUCACUACUAUGUGCUUUGGGAUGACAACAGAUUCACAGCAGAUGAGCUGCAGAUUCUCACUUACCAGCUUUGCCACACCUACGUGCGCUGUACACGCUCUGUCUCAAUUCCUGCACCAGCCUAUUAUGCUCGAUUGGUGGCAUUUAGAGCAAGGUAUCACUUGGUGGAUAAGGAACAUGACAGUGGAGAAGGCAGUCAUAUCUCUGGACAGAGCAAUGGGAGGGACCCACAGGCCUUGGCAAAAGCAGUGCAAGUUCACCAGGACACACUGCGCACAAUGUAUUUUGCCUGAUGGGCUUCACAAAGCAUUUUAAGUGGAUACCAUCUAUUUUAUGACUUUUUUUUUGCCCUAACGUGUACCUCGGUUGCUCAGAAGAGUUGGGGUGCCUGAGCACUACAGAAGAAGAGGUAACUCUAUUAGAAAAAACUUAGACGCAAGUGAGUCCAGUGGGACCAACAAGGAGAUCAGAGGACACUGCUGAAGAUAUAUAUAUUUUGCAUGUUUGGAGAGAAGACUUUUUAAAACCACAUACAUGGAGAGUCUUCAUCCAAACAAAAAGGAAGUUUUGUUCCUGAUGCCACGGCAAAAUUUUACAUCUUGAUAACUUGAAAUGAAUUGUACAAGUACUGUGUAUCAAGCUAAGCCCCUUUCUCCUCAAAAAAAGGAACGAUCCGAUAUUUGGAGUGUGAACUAAAGAAAGAAAGAAGAACAUUUAGAGCCUUAAAAUGAUUAGUCUGGUUUUCUCCCCUGGUAAUAAUGUAGUUAUAACGAGGUAACUCAUUGCAGGCUUUGAAUAUCUUCCUUUGUGGAAGCUCACUCACCACACAUUUCACAUAUGACUCUUAGCACUUACAACUUACCCAGCACAAAAAUAUUUCUUAUGUUUCUGUGGAUAUGGAUAGACCACCUGACUUCAGGUCAUCAAGCGGUUGAGUAUGUUUUAGAAACACGAAUGCACUGGAAAAAGAACAUUUAGGAACUUGAUCAUUAAUUAUAAUUAGGCAGGUAUUUAAAAUUACGAUAUGAUUUAUGGGGCAUGGCACAGAGUCUAAUGCCAAUGAAGAAUUAAAGGCUCGCCUAUUCAUGUACCCCAGGAAUUGUUGGUGCCACAAGGCCUUUUUACUGUUAGGCAAAAUGGAGGUGGGCUGCUUGAAGCAAUAGGUUGGUUUUAUCCAAUGAUUAACUGACUCCUGUGUGCCUUCAUAACUCAGAGAAGAUGUUGAUCAGAGCUGCAAAUGAACUUGGGUGCAAAGGCUGACGCCACUGGUUUAAUUGGGUCACCGGGGUGGGGGAGAGAAUUGUGCAAAGUGCCUUGAUCUUUUUAUGCUACACGGGGCAUAAAUUUGCAUAUUAGUGUUCUCCAGAGCUGCAGGAUGGAAAGUCACUAAAUAGAGUACCAGCCCACUAGGCAAAAAAAAAAAAAACGCUCUUAAUGAUGUAUCCUUUAGACAUUUCUGCUUCAGUCUGGUUUACAUUUUAUUGUUGUGACUUACACUCCAUUGCAGGUCAUUUUAACUUGGAGAAGAGCUGUAGGUCUAGCCUACCACUGUUGAUUGUCAAAGCACUAUUGCCAGAACCAAUAUAAUACAAAUGUCACAGGGAAAUGUUCUUUCCCUAAAAACACUAUGGUCACAAUUUAUUAUUUUUUUUUUUGCACAAAUUUUUGUGGCAAACACCAGCAGAAGAAACCUUGGUGGCUGGAUAUAUAGAUACCAUAUUAUAUGGUGAUUUUUAACCUUUUUAUUUAAAUUUUUAUAUGGUAAAGGUAUGAUGUCUGCAGUUAUCAUAAUGGCUCUUCUUGCUAGUAAUAUCACCCCUCACCCCUUACUAUUAUCCACAAAAACCAGGCAAAGUAGCUGAAAGAGAGGGAGCUAUAAUAUUGGUGCCAUUUAAUGCAGUGACCUUAUCUAGCUAUCUGUGAAUCUCGGAGAGGAUAAGAAGUUCCUGUGUUGGGAAUACUUCAUUGAUUUUUGUGGUGAUAUUUGUGGUAAACAGCCACAAGGACAGUGGUUUUUACUGCCAAUACAUUUUCAAAAAAAACCCUCAACACAACUGUGUAGAUUCAUUGCCAUCAGGGGAGUGUGUGCCUUAUGCUGGUUUUGGGAUAUUAACAUUUUAGUUAUGAGUAGGAUUACACUUUUCAUGUUUGUCUACAUUUCAAGCCACUGUGAAAAUGAAGGCUAUGUAAGGUAGGCAAAUUCGCCAAGGAAGAACAUCACUAUGCUACUGCUUAGUAUCCUGAUAUGUACACUAACAAAUAUGCAAAAGCAUGGCGAUUUACAGUCUGUGGAUUUAUUAACAUGGAACCACUUGGUAUUAUAAUGUGUUACGGAUCUGCAGCAGCAAAGCGGUUCUCAUUUAAUGGGAAGUCCUAAUUUACACUUUUUACAUCUUCACCAGCAAGCAAUACUUUGGCUUUUUCAACAGUAGUGAAGGGGCCUGUUAACAACUUAACCCUUGAACUCUUAGCCAUGCAUUACUAUGGGUGGUGUAGAACCCUAGUUUCAGUGUUAAAACCUGUCCGUGAUGGCUGCUGGCUAUAUAGUCAAUAAAUCAUAGAAUUGUUAGUGAUAACUAAAGUGCCAAACUAUAAAACUUUUACUGAGGGGCAGGCUGAAGAGAAAAUUCCUGUAUUUUUCCCUAAAAUAAUGGUUAUUAUGGUACAUGAAUCUGAUUUUUUGUUACAGAAACAGAAAACCUUUGGUUCUUCAGAUAUCUUGUCUAGAGUACUGAAGGAAGUCUGCCCCUGCUCUGUUGUUUCUUCUUCUGUGGCAAUAACCACCACCUACUUGGUAGCCAGGCUCAUCAUACCUUAUUUUGUUAUUAUGUUUUUACAUUGUCGUGUUUAUAUUGUAUUUUAUUUAUUUCAGUAAAUGCUUUUAAUCUCGAUGAAUUUGUUGCCAACACAGCAUGUGGCCAAGUGCUAUAAUACCACAACAUCAAAUAUAUCCUCCGUCUAAUUUUUUUUAAAAUCUAGAUUUAUAUUUUGGUGCUUUUAAGACCAACCAAACGUUAAUUGGCCUUGUAUUGGCAGAAAUCUGUGAUGCUAAUUUAAUACAUUAGAGGUGACACUACAUCCUAAAGCCUGAUAAUGAAAUAAAAAUGUUUUAAAGUGCUGUAGUGUAAAGAGUAUCCAUGUGGCUGUAUUGCUUUUCAGUCAGGAUCUACUCAGUAAAGCGAGGUGUUGAUCUAGGUGCCUAGUUUAGUGCUAUGAAUUCUAAUUCUGGAUUUGUAGGGGAAUUUUAAAGUUUAUUCUUCUGAACUGUUUUCUAGUAUUGCCUUUGAUGUGAUAUGAUGAAUUCCAGCAAAUUACAAAAGCAGAAAGAAAGUUCUGUCAGCAACAGUGCUGUGUAUGAUUUUUGCUUUUAUAUAAUGUGCUUUAAAAUUUAUUUUGCCAUGUACUUCAUGUGUUUCCUGACUGCACUCCAAAAGCAUAUAGCACUAUGCAGUGUUAGAGAAGCUGCACUCUGGUUCAGUAAGCACAGUGUCUAGCAAUGUAUUCAUCACCAGCCCCACAUGCCCAGAUUGGGAACCACAAUGCAAAACCUCAAUCACUGUUACAUCUGUAUGAACACAAGUGACUCGGAAAAGAAAAAAAAAAAUAAUGGCAGCCAUUUCAGAUAAGGGCAAAGAUUUUUCUGUUCCCCGAUUGUCCCUUUAACAUGGAAAAUUGUAUUAUGGGGAUGAAAAGAACCCCUUCUUAAAGUAGAAUCUUCCCAUAUUUUUACUCAGAAAUAAAAAAGCUAACAGUCUAUUUUAUACAUAAAAUGCUUUUAUUAUUCAUAUUUAUAAAUAUGAAUGAUAAUAUGAUGCAUGCCUCUGAAGUAUAUUCAUUAAUCCCCAAAAAUCCGUGGUCUUUAUUUAACAAAUUGUACUGUUCUGUUGAUGAAUAGGUCAGUUGACUUGGUAUGGCAGCUACCACAUUUACAUAGCAAUGGACUUACUACAACCUACCUGUAUUUAAUGUAUAAAGUCUAACUGCUGUGUUACAAUCCAACAGAAAUGUUUACAAAAGGGUAGGGUACAAAUAUAUCAGAAAUUAAUUUCUUUCUAUGUUCUGUUUACAACCAAUACAGAUACUUGGUAAAAGCUGUAGGUAUCUGGAACUAGUAUGUGUGCAGCUUUGUGGAGUGAGUUAUGGGUAAAAAAAUGUUAGUAGCGCUCAGCCUUAACAUCUGUAGGAAAGAUCUUUGGGGUACAUUCCGCUGUACUGGCGUUUCCCCUGCUGAUACAUAUUUUUGCUGCAUUUCUUUUUUAAUCAUUAGCCUUAAAAGUACUUGUAUUAAUUAUUUUUCCAUAUUAUCUUUAAAAAAAAAGAGAGAAAUUUGUUCAAAUUAUUCUUGUAAAUGAUCGAUUUGAGACUUGGCUUCUUGUCAUUGUUUUGUCAUUGUAAUAGAGUGGUCACAAUAUAUACAGACUAAGGUAUACCAUGCAGGACACCCUAGUGAAGAACCAGAUUCCCGUAGCUGGUAAUCAUGUCUUACAAUUAUUUAACCAAGAAUGCAUUGUACACAUUUUUAUAUAUAUAUUGUCUUUACGAAUGCACUGAAUCUAGGAUUCAGUAUUUGGCCAGGAUUCAGAUUCGGCCGAAUCCAAAAAAUCACAUGACUGUUUGUCAUGUUAAUACGGAAGUGGAAAAAUUUUCGCUG